AGUGAAACCGUGUACACUCUAACUGGCACCAGAAGGGACUGUUUCAUAAUUACAUAAAUUAGACCAAGUGUGCCCAAUGGAUAUUUGAAUCCUUGUCGCUUUGCUUUAAAUAGCCAUGGCAGAGAGGACCUUUAAACAGUUCAAACUAUUUUGGCGCGGACAGUGAGAGGUUUGGCCACUGGCCUGGACAUUGUGAGGUAAUGGUAUUUGCUCCAGGAAGUAAGUGUUGGCCAAGCCUAUUGCUAUGCAAAAAUAUGAGAGCAUUUAAUCUUUUGUCUUAAAAUGCAGCUGUUCACACUUGUAAAUCCAUGUAGACAAUCAGUUAUAUGCCAGUCUACUCUCUCACAGUCAACCCAGCAUAUUUCCUGCUUAAGCAAAGGUUCUUAUAAGUAAAUUCAGCCCCUAUCCACCUCCACAGAAUUCGUGAUCACACAAUGGUUUUACAAAAGCCACAUGGUGCCCAUAUCAUAUGGGUUGGGCUGCUCAUUUGUUGCUUUGUAGAAAUAGGCACUUGUCUUGAGUUCACAGGUGCUGAGGGACAGUGGGCCAGAUUUCCAGUGUGGAAUGCAUGUUGCGAAAGUGAAAUGAGCUUCAAUAUGAAAACGAAGAGUUCCCACGGGCUGCUAGUUUACUUCGACGAUGAGGGAUUUUGUGACUUUUUAGAACUUCUCAUAUUGAAUGGUAAACUCAGCCUUCGCUUCUCGAUCUUCUGUGCCGAGCCUGCAACCGUCAUAUCUGACACGGCGGUCAACGACAGCCAAUGGCACGCAGUCACAAUAAGGAGAAACUUUAAGAACACAACCCUAAUGGUGGACAAUGAGAUAAAGUGGGUGGAGGUGAAGUCCAAAAGACGGGAUAUGACUGUUUUCAGCCAUUUGUUUGUUGGUGGAAUACCACCGGAAUUACGAUCUGUGGCGUUACGACUGACAUCGGCUGUGGUCAAGGAUCAGCUGCCUUUCACUGGAUGGAUAACAGACAUAAAGGUCAACAACACGGAGUCUGUAAUGAUCAACAGUGAAGGGGUCUUAAAGGACCUCUGUGGUACAGCCAACAUGUGCUUAAAUGGAGGAGUCUGCAGUUUAAUUAACAACGAACCAACAUGUGACUGCUCUCAGACGGGCUUCCAAGGAAAGGACUGCAGUGAAGGUCUGGCACACCUGAUGAUGGGCGACCAAGCCGACAGCAGCAGCAUGCGAUGUGAUUAUGAACUGUUCGCUCUGGAGUCUCUUUGCUCCUCUCUGGAAACAGAGUGGAGCAUCACACUGAGCAAACAGCGACAGCAGCUUCUUCAGGCGCCGCAGUCUGCAGGUGAGACAGCAGAGGCCAAACGGUUUGAAGUAGCAGUUCGACAGAGGGAAAAGCCACGCUUCAUCAAAUGA